ACCACAACAUAAUUGAUUCUAGGAAUAUUCCGUUUUCAUUUCGUCAAGGGGCGUAUUUUACUUAAAUCAUCGUUCUUUAUAAUUACCAUAUUAUAGAAAUUAUACCAUGCAUAAUCUUUUUCCCCGUUUCAUAUUUUUUAAACAAAUUCUCAUACUGUUCAAAUAAAGAAACGUAUUUGAGGUUUUGGUAAGGAUAGUUAUCAUUCCUUUAGCAAACAAAGAGUAGAGUCUUGAAAUAAAUACUUGUUUGGAAGGAUUUUAGCCAGGCUAUUGAAUGAAACUCCACAUUUUUCCGGACGACCAAUGAACGCAAACCAUGAGCUCCCCAUCACCUGAUCACGAAGGGAUCACGUUCUUUUCUAGCCAAUCUGAGGCGAGGGGGUCAUAUCUCUCUUUUAUAAAUGGAACCGUUAGGACACAUUUUGCGGUAGAGAAUGAAACGAAAACAUUUGGAAUUACACAGAACAUUUACAGAAGGCUGUACCAGGCUUUUGAUCCUAAUUCCUUACUUGAUAUAAGGUUUUCCAGGCGCUCAUUGAAAAAAUGGCCACGUCAGAGAGUGCCAGUUUGAGUAAAACUGUGAAGCAGCAUUAUAUGGACCUUUCUCAGGGAGACAAGGUCCAGGCCAUGUACAUCUGGAUAGAUGGGACUGGAGAGGGGCUCCGCUGCAAGACCAGAACUCUGGAUUCUGAACCCAAGAACAUUGCUGAUCUCCCAGAGUGGAACUUUGAUGGUUCCAGUACGUACCAGUCGGAGGGCUCCAACAGCGAUAUGUACCUUAUCCCUGCUGCCAUGUUCAGAGACCCCUUCAGGAAAGACCCCAACAAACUGGUCCUGUGUGAAGUGCUCAAAUACAACCGCAAGCCUACAGAAACUAACCUCAGGCUGAUGUGUAAGAAGAUCAUGGAGAUGGUAGAGAACCAGGUGCCGUGGUUUGGCAUGGAACAGGAGUACACCAUCCUGGGAACAGACGGACAUCCGUUUGGCUGGCCUUCCAACGGCUUCCCUGGUCCACAAGGCCCCUACUACUGUGGUGUGGGAGCAGACAAGGCGUAUGGUAGAGACAUCGUAGAAGCCCACUAUAGAGCUUGUCUAUAUGCUGGGGUUAUGAUAUGUGGCACCAAUGCUGAAGUCAUGCCAGCUCAGUGGGAGUUCCAGGUUGGGCCAUGUGAAGGUAUCAACAUGGGUGACCACCUCUGGGCUGCUCGGUUCAUCCUCCACCGGGUGUGUGAAGACUUUGGUGUGGUGGCCUCAUUCGACCCCAAGCCCAUCCCUGGGAAUUGGAAUGGCGCUGGCUGCCAUACAAACUUCAGCACCAAGGAGAUGAGAGAAGAUGGCGGAUUGAGGGGCAUCGAAGAUUCGAUUGAGAAGUUGGGAAGGAGACACCGCUACCACAUCCGUGCCUACGACCCCAAAGGGGGGCUGGACAACGCCCGGCGCUUGACCGGUCACCACGAAACGUCCAACAUCCAUGAGUUCUCAGCCGGCGUGGCGAACCGCGGCGCCAGCAUCCGCAUACCCCGCUCGGUGGGUCAGGACAAGAAGGGCUACUUCGAGGACCGCCGCCCAUCUGCUAACUGCGACCCAUAUGCAGUCACAGAAGCGCUGAUACGCACAUGUUUGCUCAGUGAAGAGGGGGAGGAGCCUAAAGAAUACAGCAAAUGAACUAGAUACUCUUUUGGUCUGAAAUAAUCCCCCUCCUGUCCUAUUGAGCUACAUCUCAAGUGUCAUUCCAAGUACUGUUUUGUCUGGCUUUGUAAACCCCUUGCAUAUUGCAAGUCUUGACCAUCCAUGUAUGGCUUGCUUUUUAACCCUUUUCAUGGGAGAAUCUUCGGUACAUUCUGCAGUCUGUGUUCAGGGUAGAGUAGAUCCCUACCUUUUGAUCACUGCCAACAUUGCCCUUUUUAAUUGAUGCUAUGGACUUAACAAUUCCAGACAGAUGUCUGUUGGAGGGAUAAAUGUUUUCUAUAUAUAGGUCUACUUCUAGUUGUGUAUCAAUUUGCUACUCAUAAUAUUGUUUAACAUGAUUUACUAACCAAGAUGCUGUAGAUUUGAUUGUGGGGGGGUCCGUCUCUUAAGGAUUUGUAUACUGUUCUAGUGGCCAGCUAUGGAACUUAUAGUGACAGGUUCUGUCUUUUUUGUAACAUAAAAAAAAUAUAUAAUUUUACCAUAA